AUGUCGACAGUGACAGAGCAUCGCACUCCGAUGCCGCCAAACACCUCCCCCGAGGAAGGUUUUACCUCGUUUGGGUUCCUCGACGACACCCAAGACACACAAGAGACUUCAUUUGCACUUGGCAACCUCUUCAAUCGCGUCAAGUCCGCGCUUGCAGGCGGCCUUGCUGUCGACAUCGACUCGCCACACACUCCCGGAAAUGAUGCUGCAGAUACAGCCCCAGCAUCUCGAAAAAGCUCAGGAUCUUACUCUACAAGGUCAUCCAGCCGCCAAGCACACCAAUCACCCUCAGUCGAAGCCUCCCAGCCCUUUGCGUCCACCUCCAGCCAUGUCACGUCGCAGUACUCCAACUUUGCUGCGAAUCGACUCGCGUCGAUGCCGCAGCAUAGAAAAGCCUCAAUGGCGCAUCCCUCACGCGGGCUCAGCAACAUCGACGAAUACCCCGAGAGCAGCCAAUUGUCCAACCAGCGCAUCACCUCUCCUGUCAACCGCUCUGGCCCCACGGAAGCAGGGCCUUCUAGAUCUCGAGCUGAUGCAGUCAGCCCAAACCGCAGCGCUGUAAGGCCAAGUCGAGAUCGAGGCCUGCAUCCAUCUCACAGUUCGACUUCGAUAGCCACUUCGCGCUCUGCGUCGAGCCUCUUGGCUGGAGCCGGCGCACCCUCCUCCCUCGCGCUGCCGCUCAAGCUCCGUAGCGUUGCACCUGCGCCUGCUGUCACAUUUACAUCUCCGGCCACAGCCAUCCACGCUCGUUCUCACAUUGCUAGUGUUGCCGGAAGCUACACCGAGGACCGUGAGUCCGUCAUAGCCGAUGACGGCGACAUGGAUCCAGACUCGUCCCGCGACACGCUGUACAUGCUGCGCGGCAGCAUCGACGGCGCCAUUGAUCGCUCCCACCUUGCCAAGCACGGCUGGUCCGCCAUCCCGGGCUUUCCUCUCUCGAAAGACAUCCUCGCUGACGACACAAGAUCGGUCCGCAGCAGCUCCACACGACUCUAUCGAAGCGACACCAUCGAAGACAACCUUCAUAACCGCUCCGAGGCUCAGAUCGGUCUUCAGACCAGUGCGGACGCCAUCGUACGCCGCAUGAGAGGCGAAGGGCUCAGCCGCAAGUUCUGGAUGGCCGACGAGAAUGCUAAAGAGUGUCGCGAGUGUCUCUCCGUUUUCACCUCCUUCCGUCGCAAGCAUCACUGCCGCAUUUGCGGCCAGAUCUUCUGCGGCCGGUGUGCAGCUCACGUCCUCAAGGGUAAGCGCUUCAAACUUGAAGGCAUGAUCCGCGCCUGCAACUUUUGCAAACGCAUGCUCGAGGAGUACGAUCGACACGAGCUCGAGAAUCAGCGUCACAACAAGCUCAAUCUUGUCACACAACGCGCCAGCAAGAAUCCCAACCGCGUUCAGCCAGACAAGGAUAUGAUUUCGGCUCCACUAGAGGCGCAGGUGCGAAGUCCUCAGGCCCAGUUUGCUGCCAACCAUCUCUUCGCCAGCGCUUCGGCUAAUCCGUCGGCAUUCAGCAGCUUAGGCAUGCAUGCGAGCAUGUCCGCUGCCUUUGGGUUUAGUGAUCCAGAUUCGAGGGCUGCGGCAGAGUUGCAAAAUGAUCUAAACGGCGAUCGAGAUGAGCGCGCAAGGAAGAAGAAAGCCGACGCUCCGCCCGUCGCGCCCUUUCGCAAAGGUAUGGACGAGGAGGAGUUAGCGCCAGCGCGUCCUGACCCGGAAGAUGAUGAAGCGGCCCCGUCUCAGCUCGACCCGACCCUUGUCAACGGGUCUGCCCACCACACCUCUCGUACUCCAACGCCGAGCGCAGAUGGACACGGCGCAACAUCCCCGCCGACAAGCCCUCCCGACACGGUCAAAGGUGCAGCAUCGACUUCUGCCAAGGCCAAGGACAGCUCCAUGUCGGUGGCAUUUCCCUUCUUACCUGCAUCUGAACAUGAUCUGCCCUCUGCGAUCCAAUCGACUUCCGACUAUCCACGUCUCCGUCUGGUGAGCGAGACAACGCGUCCCGUCACCCGAUCGCGCAUGCGCUCCCUUCGCACCAUUGCAUCUCUUGACCCUGCCCAGGCCAGCAUAUUGAUCCGAUCCCACUUUCACGGAAACGGUCGCGUCGAGUCUCCUAUCCCGCCUGUGCCCCAGCCGUCGCCGCCGCAGCAACAGCGCGAAGAAGAUGAAGAUCCCGCACACGUUCACAACGAGAUUCCCGAGUUCUAUCGCGAGCUCCGUAUCUGCGCUGAAGGCAUUACACCGGCGCUUUUGGAGGCGUCCAUCACCCACCGCGCCUUGGAGCAUCUGCGCAAGAUGAUGGAGCAGACGCUCGCCCAGUCUGGCAUCCAUAAUGUUCGCAAGUGGUGCGACGUCCUGUUGCCGUUCGUGCUCACCACCGUCUCACGCGUCAAGCCCGAUGCUCGCGACGACCAGAGCCGCGACAUUCGCGAAUUCGUCAAGAUCAAGCGCAUCCCCGGCGGCAAGCCGGACGAUUCUGAGUACGUGGAUGGCUACGUGUGCACCAAGCACGUAGCCACCAAGCGCAUGGCGGCCCUCAUCCCCCUGACCAACGCUCGGAUCAUUGUCAUCCGAUUCCCGCUCGACUAUCAUCGUGGACCGAACCAGUUCAUGUCGCUCGAGCCGCUCAUGGCACAAGAGCACGAGUUCAUUCGUAUCCUCGUUGCGCGCAUCAUCGCGUUACGACCGCAGAUUGUCGUCGUCGAAAAGGCGGUCUCACGCACGGCGCUUGAGCUGCUCGAGAAGGAAGGCAUCGUUGUCGUAUGGAGUGUCAAAGCGGACGCAAUCCGCGCCAUCAGUCGGUGCACCCAGGCUGACAUCAUUACGUCGAUUGAUCGUCUCGCUCUCGAUCCACGCAUCGGCCGAUGUCGCUAUUUUAACGUCGAGACCUUCCAGCAUGCGUCACGACCAGAGUGGAGGAAGAGCUUCAUGCGAUUUGAGGGUACGCCCAAGCAACUCGGCUGUACAAUCAUCUUGCGCGGAGCGGACGGCGUCAAGCUCAGCCGUGUCAAAAAGAUCUUGAACAUGAUGAUAUUCGUUGCCUACAACCUGCGUCUGGAGGGCCAUGUCAUGGCCGACGAAGGUGCUGCGAUGGAGACCAUCUACUCGGACAGCAGCCUGCUGAACGGAUCGCAUCCAUGCGGCACCGUCGAAGAAUGCACCUCCAAUACCGCCGCCGACGAGCUCAGGCGGCUGCUCGAAGGCAACGACAUCGAGACGGGCGACGAACCGUCCAGCCAGCUCGGACGCAUCAGCGAUAGUAAGACGUUCGUGCUGCAGUCGCGUGCUCGGAUCUUGCGAGCCCUCAACAUCUACGAGACGACGCUCAUUACUUCGUCGGUUUGUAUCCAGAUUCCAGCUCCUUACACCAUCCUGCAGCUCAAGCGCGUCAACGACAGACUCAUGGAGCUGCUCGCCCACCAAGAAGCCGAAGAACUGCAGAGGAUCUUAAAGGAUGAGGGUCGGCUGCAAGACAGAGCUGCCACACCGCCGGCUUCCAUCACAGAGCUUCCGGAUGAAGCUGUGGUUGAUGGCAGGGUCAACGGCGAUACUCCUACUUCACCAGUGCUUGCUGCUACGUCGCAGUCAAGCGGAGCUUCACUUCUCUCGCCGGCAAGAGCAACGGGUGACGUGGCGAAUCCAGUCGAGUCGCCCUCUGAUGGCGAUAUCACUCCCAAGUACGAGACGCCAGGCAUGCGCACGCAUGACACCAUUGUCGAAGAAGGCGAAGAGAGCAGCUCGGAUGCAGCGCUGUCGCCGCCACGUGCCAUCACGCCACAGCCCGACUCCGAUCCUGCUGCCGCGGAGCAGCCAGACUCUGAGGCCGGUGAGACAGGGCAGACCAGGCCAGUUCCUCCGCCUCUUCAGCGCCGAGAUGGCAGCGAUGCCACCAUUAUGAUCGAGACCGCCAGUCCGUUGGUCAGCGGCCCGAACACGACUACGCCCACGCCUCGGCCGUCAUCGCCCGUUCAUACUCGAAUGAAAGAGGCGAGCCAUGCGGCAGCGGCAGCGGAUACGUCAACAGCUGUUGCUUCCGACAGCCUCGCCAACUUGGAUUCUGCGGACAUAUCGAUCAACAGAUCCGUCUCUGCUCCCGUUUCGGAGGUGCCAACGCGACACCCUUCGCCUGCGCCCGGCUCGGUCCUUUCGCGGGCGAGUCAGGGCUCAUCAGCCACAAUCGAGGCGGGCUCCACCUCUCUGCUCAACACGAUCAAGCAGGAGUCCCUGCCCGCCUUUGAUCUCUUUUCGCUGCUCAAAGCGCCGUCCCAGAUCGCCAGGGAGUCCGAGUUUGCCAUCACGGUCGGAAGGCACCGAGCAUCUCUGAUGGAAUGGGGAGGCUAUCUCGACAUUCAGCCGGACGCUGUCUCGCCAUUCAAUCACAAGCGCAUUCAGAUCAUCGUUACGCGUUACUGCACGCUGACGCCGCGUCCCUGCGAAGGGCCCAACCUGGCGUCGAUCGAGUUCUAUGGCGAGCACGACGAAACUUUAGGCGAACACAUCGAGCGUCUCGCCGCCAACAGCGCGAAAGGAUGCGCAGUCAAAGGGUGCGGCAAGAACAAUGUGCUGCACUACAACACAUUUGUCCACAACCGCAUCCGCAUCCAGGUGGUGCUCGAGAGGUUUGUGUGCCCCCUGCCCAACGAGGAGAACCGACUGCUCAGCUGGAGCUACUGCAAAGUGUGCGAGAACGCCACGCCCGUUGCCCUUGUUACGGCAGAGACGUGGAGCUUCAGCUUUGCCAAGUACCUGGAGCUCUACUUUUACCGCCACGAUCACUGCAAGACGCAGCUGUGCGAGCACGACUUCUACCGAGACCAGGUGCGUUAUAUCGCCUACCAGAACAUGGCGGUACGAUUCCACUCGGAAGAGGUCGACAACCUGUUCGAAGUGACAAUGCCCCAGUUCAAGCUCUUCAUCGAUCCCGAGGUGCAGUGCAACAUAAAGAACGAGGAGACGGCUGCCUUCGUACGCAAGAACCAGGCGUAUUGGGACAGCGUCAUGGCGCGCAUCCGCGCGCUUGGGAACGACGCCUGUUCGGAUGCGGCCGGCGUCAAUCGCGAAAAGAAUCGCGCCAUCGUCUUUGAGAUGAUCCGUCGAUGCGAGCUCGAUCGGCGCGAGGUGGAGGCGCUCGUGGCAGAGCUGUACGAGUUCAGUCCGGCCACCGAUGUGCUGUGUCUGAAUCAGGCGCGGAGGAUGCUGCAAGAGAAGGUGGUAAAGUGGGACGUCGACUUUAUCGAGUUCGAGAAGAAUUGCAUUCCGUCUGAAAAGGACAUACGCCGCAUUACCACUACGCAUCUCAAGCGACUCUUCUCUGAGAAGGAUCCCUCCGAGACAACAAUACGUUCCGAGACGACGUCGAGCUCUCUUCCGCCUGCUGCUGAGAUCGACGAGAGCUCAACCGAUGCACCCGAGGGCAAACCGAAAGGACGCGAGUCAGAAAUGUCGACCACUUUUGCGGGCGAGAAAGGCGCGAGCAACGUCAGUGCUCAGACCAUGGAGGCCCUCACUCUGGCAGGUGCCGAUCUGUCCGUGAUGCCAAUGCUAUCGGAUCUCGUGACUCACACGGUCGAGACACCAAUGAGCGAGGUGCCGCCGAAUCUGGCUCCCCCAAGCGAGCUUGCCGCUGUCAAGGGCCAAGGCCAGAGUAAAGGCAACGGUGUCGAUGCGCCAGAAGCCGUAUCCCGCGCCAAGACGGUGCCCAUGCAGCUGAACAAGGUCGGACGAGCAGAUUCCUCCGCCAAGUAUCGCGACGGCAACUUUGACGAUGAAACAGAUGCAGCCGACCUUUCGCCCGUCGAAGUUCGUCCCAUGAUCAGCCGACGAGCCUUGUCCAACCCCGUCACCGCGCCGUCCUCGCCGACGUACACCAAGUCUCGGAGCGCGUUCGAGACCGUCGGAUUUCCUAGGGCGGACGAAAGCUCGUGCACGGAGGGUGAGCUCGCAGGAUCGACAACGGGUGUGACUAGACGCUUUGACAAUGCACGGCGGUAUACCACUGGGACUCCCUCUGCUGCCAGCGGUAGUGGUGGUGCUGGAGCCGCUCCCUCCAGCGAAGCCGACGCCACUUCCCUUCGCGCUGAUGGCAAUGGCUCGUUGCGACGUCCCAGCUUGCGGCGUGGCAAGACCGAAGAAGUGCUGUCGCCGCAUGCCAAGGAGAUGCACAAGACCCGCAAGAUUUCCGCUACGUUCGAAGAAGGCAACGACUCGGGUGUCAACUCGCCUUCUGCCACACCUGGGGCAGGUGGACGGUCGAGUCGGCUGCCAAGAGCCAAGCGUACGGAUAGCUCCACUUCGGUUGCAACCGUUGGACGCCGAAGUGGCUCAGCAACGCCAAACAAGGGUGCUCAGCUUCCACCGCCUUCAAGCUACCGACCGCCAAAGGGUGAAGGACUUAAGGCGGGGCCCCGUCCCAUCAUUGGCCGGUCGGCUGCGUCUGCGGCAGCAGCGGCAGCGGCAGCGGCCGUGAACGCGUCGACGACGUCAGCCGGACCAGGCAAUCGAAGUCAAAGUGGAGCAUAUCAAUCGGACGGAGCCAGCAGUAGUCGAAACGUUGGAUCAGGCAGCCGCGUGCCUAUCGCUCGAAGGAGCGAGCACGGGCCUGGAACACGAAGUCGCGUGUCGACGAUCGCGAAGCACUUUGACCGUAUCAGUAAAGAGGCAGAGCGCGAGCGCGAGCGACAACAUCGUCUUCUGCUGGCACAGCGUGCUAAGCGAGCUCGUCCUGUUGCCGUGACGCGAGCCAGGGUUGAGGUGUUCAGCAGCGUGCGAGAGGCCGUUCGAGACGACGAGAGCGAGCCGGACUCUGCUGUCGAGAAUACAGAUGAUGAUGGGGCGUCGGCCGCCGAUGACGAGAGCGAAGACGAUGACGAAGACGAUUCGGAGGAAGACAUGCACAAGGAAGCUUCGAGCUUUGGUGCCAAGCGGGGUCUUGCCUUGCCAUCGGGUCGCAGAUCGCAAAGUCGAGCGGAUGGAAAGCAGCCGAAAUUGAGUCGCUCCGAGGUGACUAGGAAGCAUGCCAAAUAUAACCCGCCAGAGCAAGAAGGCGAGACGAUCAAAGGAGCUGCCCAGACGGACAAGUCGACCGAUGUAAAUGCAGCCCAAGAUCAAGGCCUGGAACGAGAUUCAACAUUGAAAGCCCGCAAGGGACUCGCACUGGCAGAGGGUAUUGCUACUGCAGCCGCCGAUCUUUCUGCGUCCGUGGCCAGCGCGGCGACGGCUGCAGCGACAUCCUCAUCGCAAGCAGACGAUGCCUGUACGAUUGCCAGCCAAGAGACGGGUCGAGCCACGAACAUCUCGCCGCCGGCGCCAGCCAGCGAGCUCGAGUCGGAUGCACAGUCGAUUGCUGCGUCAUCCUUGGCGACGACGAGCAAUAAUACCCAACUGACGCUGCCGUCCUACUUACGCAGCGGCUUUGCGUCGGAUUCAGAUUCGAUGCCCAGUCUGGAGAGGAGCUUCCUGAAGACACUGUCGGGUUUCUGGGCCUUCCGCACGGGCGAGAUGGUGCCGCUGGAAUACCCGAUGCUCAACUCGGAGCACGUGUUUACGGACUCGGACGUCAUCUUUCGCGAAGACGAGCCGACAUCGAUCGUGGCGUUCACGCUCAGCUCGCUGCAGUACAAGGAGCGGCUCAAGGGGAUGCGAAAUGAGGGACCGCAAGUCAGAGAGAAAGAAGAGACCUUCAUGCCCGGUAAUGCGAGCAUCGCUGGCUCUACCGAUGGAUGGGGAAUCGUCGACCUGGAGACCAAUGAGCUCGAAAGCACGCUCAAGAAGGAAGGGCGCCAUUUCCGAUGCGAGUUCGAGUCGGGCAGUACGCGGUUGUGGUGCAAGAUCCUGUUUGCCGAGCAAUUUGAUGCUCUGCGCAGGACGUGUGGCUGCGAUGUGUCGGUGGUCGAAUCGCUCUCGCGCUGCUUCAAGUGGGACUCUUCGGGCGGCAAGUCGGGGUCUGCUUUCCUCAAGACGCGCGACAAUCGACUGGUGGUCAAACAGCUGUCACGGUUCGAGAUGGACGCCUUCUCCAAAUUUGCUCCGCAGUACUUUGCCUACAUGUCGCAGUGCAUCUCGCGAGGGAGGAGGACGGCACUGGCCAAGAUCUUUGGCUGCUUCCGAAUCGGAUUCCGCAAUCCGCAGACGGGCAAGAGCCUCAAACUGGAUUGCUUCGUGAUGGAGAAUCUGUUCUACGGCGUCGAGGGCAUUCGGUCGUACGAUCUCAAGGGCAGCACGCGCAAUCGAUACGUGCAAGAGACGGGAAAGGAGAGCGAGGUGCUGCUGGACGAGAACUUGAUCGAAACGAGCCACCUGAAUCCGAUCUUCAUCCGCGAGCACUCGAAAAAGCUGCUGCGCGCGAGCCUGUACAACGACUCGCUGUUCCUGGCCGACAUGAACGUGAUGGACUACUCGCUCAUGGUAGGCGUCGAUCGGAAGAGCAAGCAGCUGGUGGUGGGGAUCAUCGACUUUGUCAGGACGUACACGUGGGAUAAGAGGGUGGAGAGCUUCGUCAAGGAGACAGCGCUGCUAGGUGGAGCGGGCAAAGGCGAGCCGACGAUCAUCACGCCUCCGGACUACAGGACGAGGUUCUUGACGUUCAUAGAUAAGGCGCUACUGUUGAUGCCUGAUCACUGGGUGGAGGAUUGGGCGUUGUGA